AACUGGCCGGAGCUGAUCCAAGUCCAGACGCUACAUCUGGUGCACUGCAACCACCUGCUUCCGCUGCUCCGUGUGGCAGGAUCCUCGCCUCAGGGGGAUGGGAACCCUCAUCACUAACUGGCUCGUCUACCUGCUGCGAUAGUGGCACAUAAAUAUGAUAUUCAAGUUUACUUCCUCAUUGCAGAGGUUGUCGGCAGGACCUUUUGGAGGAGUAUAUUUUCCUUAUUGCGAGGAAUAGUUCCCAGAUUUCCCGUCACCAAGCUGGAGGAAACUGAUGGCUGCUACAUUUCCACCGGAUGAUUUACACUGCCUGGAUUUUAAAGAGGAUCAUUAGCAACCACCACCCCUAUCUGUUCCGGAGCUACUUAUGCCUGUGUGUGAAUAUGAGAAUUGGAGUGUAAUUGUGUGUUUGUAUCAAAUGGCUUAAGUGAGAAAAAAGAAAACAAGGAAUUUUUAAUCGGAAAGUACAAAAGAGGACACAGCAAGGAAGUUGAGUUCAAGGAGUAGCAGCUAUGACCCGGUGGAGGCACCAUUCGAGGACUGGGUGUCGACUAUUUCAGUCUGCCGAGGACGGGACAAGGAUGAUGGGAUACGUAGGACUUGAAGUUUCCUUGAGGGCCAAUCGGUGGGCGUCCUCUCUAAUAUGGCUGGGACUGCUGCUGCUGCAGGCAUCCCCAGCUGCCGUGUCAGCUCAGAAACUCGAUGAGAACGACCCCGUGGUCACCACUGUCUACGGCAGGCUGCGUGGUGUCAAGAAAGAGCUCAACAAUGAGAUCCUGGGUCCAGUCGUGCAGUUCCUGGGCGUCCCAUAUGCUGCCCCGCCCACUGGCGAGCACCGCUUUCAGCCACCCGAGCCGCCGGCAACGUGGCCUGAGGUGCGCAACGCCACACACUUUGCCCCGGUGUGCCCUCAGAGCAUCGUGGAGGGCCGUCUGCCAGAUGUGAUGCUGCCUGUGUGGUUUACCAACAGCAUUGACAUCGUGUCCACGUACGUCCAGGACCAGAGCGAAGACUGCCUCUAUCUUAACAUCUACGUCCCCACUGAGGAUGGUCCCCUUACAAAGAAACACACUGAUGAUUUAGGUGAUAGUGACCGCACGGACGACGAAGACAUUAGGGAGAGUGGAAGCCCUAAGCCGGUGAUGGUUUUCAUCCACGGGGGCUCCUACAUGGAAGGCACUGGAAAUAUGUUUGACGGCAGCAUCCUGGCCAGCUAUGGCAACGUGAUCGUCAUAACUGUAAACUACCGGCUGGGCGUCCUAGCUGCCAUCUUUGUAUCGACCUCUUUUGGUGUCGCUGUUGGUUGA